AUGGGGCAGGCCGUGACGCGCCGCCUGGGAGCGGGAGCCCGCGCGGCGGUCCGCAGGCUGAUGGACGGCCGCGCCCCGAGCGCGCAGGACGCCCCGGCGGAGCCCGCGCCGCCCGCCGCCGCCGGGAGAAAACCAAAAGCCAAGGCACCCCUUCCUCCAGCGGAGACCAAAAGCCCUGGCGCCUCUCCAGGUGAUGAUGCUGUAGAAUCCCCUGCUUUCGUCAUGGAGCAGAAAGAAAGCAUGAUAGAUAAAGACAUUGAACUCACAGUGGUUCUACCUGGGGACAUUAUCAAAUCUACAACUGUUCAUGGCAGUAAACCUAUGAUGGACUUGUUGAUAUUCCUCUGUGCCCAGUAUCAUUUGAAUCCAUCAAGUCACACAAUCGAUCUGCUGUCAGCUGAAAAUAACCCUAUAAAAUUUAAGCCAAACACACCAAUAGGAAUGUUGGAGGUGGAAAGAGUAAUUUUAAGGCCAAAAGUUUUGGAUAAGAAAAAACCUACACCUAUAAUACCAGAGAAAACUGUGAGAGUUGUGAUCAAUUUUAAGAAAACGCAGAAGGCGAUAGUGAGAGUGAGCCCUCAUGCAUCACUCCAAGAACUAGCCCCCAUUAUAUGCAGCAAAUGUGAGUUUGAUCCGUUACAUACACUGUUGUUGAAGGAUUAUCAGUCUCAGGAGCCCCUCGACUUGACAAAAUCUCUUAAUGACCUGGGACUAAGAGAGUUAUAUGCCAUGGAUGUUAGCAGAGAGUCCUGCCAAAUAUCGCCAAACUUCGACAUUAUGAAGGAAAAAGAAAAUAAAAAGUUUUUCAGCUUUUUUCAGCGCAGUAAGAAAAAGCGGGAUCAAACUGCAAGUGCACCAGCAACCCCUCUAGUGAGUAAUAAUCGUCCAACUUUUACGAGGUCCAAUACCAUUUCCAAGACAUACAUUUCCAACACCUUGCCGUCGGAUGCACCCAAGAAGAGACGGGCUCCGUUGCCUCCGAUGUCAGCCUCUCAGAGCGUCCCUCAGAACCUCGCUCACAUCCAGGAGAGGCCAGCUCAAGGGGUCAUGAAAUCCAUGAGUGCGGAUGAAACAGAUAAGAGUUCCUGUGGAGCAGACAUAGUGAGGACAGGCUCUCUGAAGCUCAGUAGCACAUCCAUUGGGAACUCAUCUCUGAAAAGGACAAAGCGAAAGGCACCUUCCCCACCCUCCCAGAUACCCCUACAUCGAAGUGAUGAAAAUCACGUGACUGUUCCUAUAGACAAUGUUUCAGAAGCAAGCACUCCUGAGGGGCUGCCCAGCCCAGCUGGAGUAAGCUCUGAUUACAGUCUUGAAGAAAUAGAAGAAAAGGAAGAACUGAGUGAAGCGCCUAAAAAUGAGGCUGAAAAUGUUUCUGGGAAGUCACAAGAGAUUCCUUUUGGAUCUACUGAUAUAAUAAAUACACGGAAAAGUGACCCUGACUCAGCCCUUGGCAGUGAUACUGGAGAGUCCUCACAAAACUCCAAUGAAGAAAAACAAGAAACUAGAAACACAGAUGGACAAGAAACGCACUUGAUGGCAUAUAAUCCAAGAAAUGAAGAGAGAGUAGUUGACAAUGUAAGAAACUUGAAGUCAUUGGGCCCAAGUCAAGAGAAUGAUCAAAAUGAAAUAACUGUCACAUCAAGGAAUAUGGAAGAUCAUGUGAAAGACGGAUGGAGGAGAACGGAAAUCAAUGUGGGAGGUGUUGCCAAAAAUAACAGUGUGGACAUGGACGUUGACAGACUUCAGGCACACAAAACGGAAACUGCUAGAAGUGACAAGGAAAAUCAUCUAGCUGCCUCAUCAGAACCAGGCCCAACACUGAACCAACCGAGUGCAGAGAAGACAAAAAUGCAAGAUGCAGCGAUUCAGGCAACUCCUUCUUGCAACAGUUUGAAUGGGAAUCUCCGGCACCAUCAUUUGUCUGACCUCAAAGUUGAUGAAACUGUGCAAACUGCAACUAACAACACCUCAACUCAACAUUCACCUUUAAGUCCACAAGAUUCCGUCCAUACUUCAAGAGAAUUCAGGAGACAGGGCCCUCUCCCUGUACAUCCGGAAGAUCGGCUCGCCGUGAAAGAGCCAAUGUAUGCACAUGGCAAUGAUGCUCCCGUAGAUGAGACUAAUAAAAAUCCAGCUGCUUCUUAUACAAAGAAUCAUCCACUUUACCGACAAGACUACAUUCCCAAGCCAAAACCUUCCAAUGAAAUUACGAGAGACUAUAUACCCAAAAUUGGGAUGACUACUUAUAAAAUAGUUCCUCCUAAAUCCCUGGAAAUAGCAAAAGACGGGGAAUCAGAAACCUUCGGGUAUGAAGAUGAUCAAGGUAUCCAUUCUUUAGGGAAAAGGCACAUGCAGGAGAAUGUGAAAGAAACGGCAAUGCAAACAGAAGAUGUCGUUAUUUCUGCAAGCCCGAAGGAGCCACAGCCAGACCUGAAACCCAAGCCUGCCCUGAGAGCAGAGCAUAAGGGGCACAGUGUGGAGGGCGUGCCCCACAGCCCCACGGCAGGUCCCCUGAAACCCACUCCCAGGAUGACCAGAGACACUGGCACGGCUCCUUUUGCGCCAAACUUGGAAGAAAUAAACAGUAUAUUAGAGUCAAGGCUUAAAUCUCGGGCUUCCAAUCCCCAGGCCAAACCAAGUUCCUUUUUCUUGCAAAUGCAAAAGAGAGCUUCGGGUCACUACGUGACCUCCGCAGCCGCCAAGAGCGUCCACGCUGCCCCUGGUCCUGCUCCCCAGGAGCUCCCGAGGAAGGAGGUGGAAAGGGAUCCGAUGCCUCCUCCGGAGCAAACUCUUUCUCCCUCAAGUAAAACAGCUCGCUCUCCUCUGCAGCCCCACGUGCAAGACACCGAUGGAGGCCUUAGCACUCAGAAGCCUCCCGAAACCUCCCCUCCUCCGAUCGCCCCCAAACCCGCUUCUCUUCCCAGCAGUCAGCUGGCAGCACUAAACCUGAAGACUCUGAAAACCUUCGGCGCCCCGCGACCUUACUCGAGCUCCGCUCCUUCGCCCUUCGCCCUGGCGGUGGUGAAGCGGUCUCAGUCUUUCAGCAAAGUGCGCUCCGAGGCCUGCAGCGAGGGGGCCUGCGCGCCAGCGCCCAGUGACGCUGCGGACGGGAAAAGUCCCUCCGUGGAUACCCCUGUGGACGCCCCACAGCCCUGUGUGAGUAAUACGGAAAAUAACUCCUCACAGAGUGAGCGGAAUUCCCAAAUACCAUCUCCAACUGACUACCCACCAUGCACCCUUAAGAGGCAAAGUUCUCUAACAUUCCAAAGCUCUGACCCCGAAGAGUUCCGACAGAGUCUGCUGACUGCAAUCCGUUCGGGAGAGGCCGCUGCCAAAUUGAAAAGGGUUACUGUUCCAUCAAAUACAAUAUCUAUGAAUGGGAAGUCAAGACUCAGUCACUCCAUGUCCCUUGAUGCCCAGGACAGCCAUUAA